AUGCCGUUCGCCGGGACAGUCACCUCCACCCUUCUCCUCCUCAUCUUGCUCUGGGCCGUGGGGCGGCCGGUCAAAGGCCUCAUUGUCGGCAACAACGUCACCGCGACGGACGCGGCGCUGAUGUGCUACCCGAACAGCGUCUUCGCCCAAGAAGUCGGGCUGGUCACCAACGGCGCGGUCUCAGCGCCGUCACCGCCCAUGCCGCCGGAGAGGCGCGCGCCACCGCCAAUGCCCGGGGACAGGUUCGCCUCUGCAACUGGUUCGUCGCCUGAAGAUAAAUUGGACUUGAGCUGGCGAGCAAAAGCUUGGUGCGUUUGGGUCCUCGCCGUGACGCUGGUGAUCACGGUGUUCAUUGUGAGACCAGAAACGUUCCUAGUCUCACCGCGCAUCGACCCCCUGUUCACCGAUGAUGAUGCGCCGAUGAAGGCCGACAUCGGCGAGCACUUAUACUGCGCCAUCUGCAUGGAAACGGUGCCCGGCACCCUCAAGUUCACCGUCGGGCCGUGCGGCCACGACUUCUGCUCCAGCUGCGUCGCCGAGUACAUCGCCGCGAAGCUAGCCGAGAACCUGGCUCGUGUGGAGUGUCCUGACCCUAGCUGUGGCGGUGUGGGCGCCGUCGAGCCGGACAGUUGCCGCGGCAUCAUCUCCUCGGACCUUCUCGACAAAUGGGGAUUGCUGCUGUGCGAGUCCGCGCUUGGUGCCAAGAAGGUGUACUGCCCGUACAAGGAAUGCUCGGCGCCCCUGCUCGCCGACGGCGAUGCUGGGGCGGCCGCAAUCGCGGAGGCCGAGUGCCCACACUGUCACCGGCUAUUCUGCGCCAGGUGCGCGGCCCCGUGGCACGCCGAGAUCGGGUGCAGGGAGUUCCAGCAGCUCGGGCAGGACGAGCGCGGCCGGGAGGACCUCUUGCUCAGGCAGCUUGCCGGCCGGAAGAUGUGGCAGCGGUGCCCAAAGUGCCAGAUGUAUGUGGAGAAAUCGGAGGGGUGCAAUUACAUCAAAUGCAGGUGUGGAUACAGUUUCUGCUACAGAUGUGCAUCCAAGGUGUCCGCGGAAACCCAUUACUGCAAAAAGUGCAAGCGCUAGGGAUUUGCUUGGUUAUGGACCGAGAGAGCUCUUACCAGUUACCACCAAGCCAACCAAGUGUUAGUGUACUUAUCUCUAGGGUAUUUUUCACCCCUGGUGGUUUGAGAAUGGAAGGAAAUUUGGUGAAUCCUCAAUUUCACCCAAACCUUCUCCAGAUUUUUUAAAUACACUUUCAUCCCAAUACUGGUGGAGAGUUUUUAUUGUAGUUAGAAAUGAGAGAAUUUGUGAGGGUG